GAAGAGCUGAAAUCUGCCAAGACUGAGUUUAUUAAAGAGGACAGUGAGAACACGAGUGAUCCAGAACCUGCAGAAUGAAACACACUGAAGAUCCUGAAGAACAAAGAGCCCUGAUGGAAGAGAGCGAGGAGAGAGAAGAACUGAGUGAAGUGAAGGAGGAACAUCAUGUCAAACCUGGAGGAAAACCUUUGAGUCGCUCAAAGACUAAAAAUAAAUUUUUAAAGAAAAGAAGAGCCAAGAAAUCUUUCACCUGCACUCAGUGUGGAAACAGUUUCACAAGCAAAUCUAAUCUUCAGAUUCACAUGAGGAUCCACACCGGAGAGAAGCCGUUCUCAUGUGAUCAGUGUGGGAAGAGCUUCAGUCAAUCAUCAUCCCUUAAUGUUCACAUGAGGAUCCACACCGGAGAGAGGCCGUUCACAUGUGAUCAAUGCGGCAAAAAAUGUCUUAGGGCAUCACACCUGAAGACACACCUGAGAGUUCAUACAAAGGAGAAGCCACAUUCAUGUUCUGUGUGUGAAAAGAGUUUUUCACAGCUGUCUAUUUUACAUAGACAUGAGAAAACUCACACUGGUCUGAGAGAGUACAUGUGCUUUGAGUGUGAGAAGACUUUUACUACAGCGGACAGUUUAAAACUGCACCAGAGAAUUCACACUGGAGAAAAACCUUACAAGUGUUCACACUGCGACAAGAGAUUCACUCUGUCAUCAUCUCUGAAAAUACAUGAGAGGAUCCACACUAGAGAACAACCUUACAAGUGUUCACACUGUGACAAGAGAUUCAGUCACUCAUCAUCUCUGAAAACACAUGAGAGGAUCCACACUAGAGAACAACCUUACAAGUGUUCACACUGUGACAAGAGAUUCAGUGUGUCAUCAUCUCUGAAAACACAUGAGAGGAUCCACACUGGAGAACAACCGUACAAGUGUUCACACUGCGACAAGAGAUUCAGUGAGUCAUCAUCUCUGAAAAAACAUGAGAGGAUCCACACUAGAGAAAAACCUUACAAGUGUUCACACUGCGACAAGAGAUUCAGUCAGUCAUCAUCUCUGAAAAAACAUGAGAGGAUCCACACUGGAGAACAACCUUACAAGUGUUCACACUGUGACAAAAGAUUCAGUCAGUCAUCAUCUCUGAAAAAACAUGAGAGGAUCCACACUGGAGAAAAACCUUACAAGUGUUCACACUGUGACGAGAUUCAGUGACUCAUCAAAUCUGAAAAAACAUGAGAGGAUCCACACUGGAGAACAACCUUACAAGUGUUCACACUGUGACAAGAGAUUCAGUCGAUCAUCAAAUCUGAAAACACAUGAGAGGAUCCACACUGGAGAGAAGCCGCACACGUGUGAUCAGU